AUGGAGUUGCUCAAUGAAACCACAGUGCACGAAUUUGUUCUGCUUGGCUUCAGAAUGCGUCCACACGGACGAUUCCUGCUUCUCAUCUUUUUUACGACUCUCUAUGUGCUCACCUUGGCCGAGAACAUCACCAUCAUCACACUGGUGUUCCUAGAUGGUCACUUGUCCCAGCUUCCCAUGUACAUCCUACUGAGGAACUUCUCCUGGCUGGAGAUGUGCUAUGUGACCACCACUGUACCUCGGAUGCUCCUUGAUCUGGCUUUUUCUCAUGGGACCAUCUCCUUCCAUGCCUGCUUUGUUCAAUUCUACAUCUUCGUCUCUCUUGGCAGCACUGAAUGCUUUUUCCUAUCAACCAUGGCUUUGGACCGAUAUUUAGCUAUUUGUCACCCACUGCGUUACCCCCAAAUAAUGUCCCCCAAUUCCUGCCAUGUUAUGGUCAUUGCUUGUUGGGUUAUUGGCUUCCUCUGGUACCCCAUACCUGUGAUUUUGAUCUCCAAGUUGUCCUUCUGUGGGCCUAAUGUCAUUGAUCAUUUUUUCUGUGAUCCUGGCCCAAUUCUCUCCCUGGCUUGUCCUCCACUUGGAAAUGUGCCCUUUAUCUGUCAGGUUUUCAUGAAUGUUUUAGUUUUAGGCCAUAUCUCCUUCAUCGUCCUCUCCUAUGGCAUUGUGAUCCUCCAUCUGAUAAAAAGAUCCAGCCAAGGCAGUCAUAGGAAGGCCUUUUCUACCAUAUCAUUCCAUAUAACAGUGGUGGUAUUUUUCUAUGGCUCAAUUGCAGCAAUGUACUUAAUUCCAAAAGGGGAAAGGCAUUCUGGGGUCAAUAAGGCAGUAACACUCUUCUACACUGCUGUUACACCCUUUGUCAACCCUUUGAUCUAUUGUCUGAGGAAUCAGCAAGUGAAGGAAGCACUCAUCAGGUUGUUGAAGAGUAAGGAGAGUUGGUAUAUCAGCAUCCUUCCUGUGAUCCCGGUCACACUGUACUUGGACCCCCAAGAGGCCCUGGAGGCACGCCACCCCCAUGAUGCAAGCCGCUACCACACUUUCUUCUCACCGAGCGGCAGGAAAGCGGAGAAGACGGAUCCGUCGGCUGAGGGUCUUCCCAAAGCGCAGGGGCAUCGAGAUGUCACCCUCUACAAGUACGAGAGAGAGAGCCAGGCGUUGCACGGGACGGGGAGGUUUUAUGUAUUGAUUGAUUGA